AAUGGUCUGUUUGGUUUAUCUUAGAACAAGGAGCGGGGCCACAACACACCAUCUGAAGAAGACAUGAGCUCCUGCAUGAUCAACCAGGCCCCCGGCUGCCCAGACCUCAGCAUCCUGUCCUUCACCGGAGCGUUUCAUGGAAGAACGCUGGGUUGCUUGGCAACAACUCACUCCAAAGUGAUCCAUAAGUUGGAUGUGCCGUCGUUUGAUUGGCCGAUAGCUCCGUUUCCCAGACUCAAGUAUCCUCUGGAGGAGUUCAGCAGAGAAAACGCUCAGGAGGAGGCUCGCUGUCUGGAGGAGGUGGAGGACCUGAUCGUGAAGUGGAGGCAGAAGGGGAAGCCGGUGGCAGGAAUCAUCAUUGAACCCAUUCAGGCUGAAGGUGGAGAUAACCACGCCUCCCCAGACUUCUUCAGAAGCCUGCGCAGCAUCGCACGCAAGCAUGGCUGUGCUUUUCACGUGGAUGAGGUCCAGACCGGCGGCGGCUGCACAGGAAAGUUCUGGGCCCAUGAGUACUGGGGGAUGGACGACCCCGCUGACAUCGUGUCCUUCAGUAAGAAGCUGCUGACCGGCGGAUACUACCAGAAGGAGGAGCUCCAGGCCGAUAAGCCGUACCGCAUUUUCAACACCUGGAUGGGGGACCCCUCAAAGAACCUGCUGCUGGUGGAAGUUCUCAACGUGAUCCGCAGAGAGAAUCUUCUGGAGGAAGUGGCGCGUUCUGGCAAAGCUUUGCUGAACGGCCUCUACGAGCUGCAGGCUCAGUACCCCGGCCUGCUGAGCCGAGCUCGAGGACAGGGGACGUUCUGCGCCAUCGACGUGAAGGACUCGGCCACCCGAGACAGACUGCUGCUACAGGCCAGGGACAAAGGCGUCCUUCUGGGAGGAUGCGGAGACGUGUCCAUCCGUUUCCGUCCUGCGCUCGUCUUUAAGGAGUACCACGUCCACAUCUUCCUCAACAUCUUCAACGACAUCCUGGCUCUGAACAAAUAGAUCUCCGUCCCAGCGGAACCUGACUGGAUCUACAUAGGACCCAAUAAAAUGGAGGGAGGGAGGGAAUCAGGCCGUCACCAGAAGCACAAUGAACACAUCUCCUGCAAACACAUUUAAAACUGGAACUUUCUUUGGACUCUAGAGCUUCUUUAACGUCUUUUUUCUCACUACGUCGUCCAGACUUUGUGCCAGAGGAGCCAUUUUCAAGCAGAAGAUGCUCCGUAGAACUACAUCGACUGACCUUGUUCAGCUGGAUGGAUGUUGUUCCCCAGAGUCGGACCAGACUGUCAGUAAACACCAGCAGCACAUGGACACGUUCUCGCUAAAGAAGCAGAUCUACAUGAACUAGAUCCGCCGUCUUUCUAUUCGCCCACUUUGGCCUCAUCAGGCCUUUAAUGAUAGUUUCACAUUCUUAACUCUGCUCUACUGUUAGGACUUCAGUCCCGUUAAUUAAAAGCAAUGUUUUCUGGCCCCUGAGGGCCCCAUAUCUCGCCCUGAGGGGCCGGAUUUUGCCCGGCAACCUUGAUCGUCCUGUUUUUGGUUCUGUGACGGUUCUGACUCUGGUCUUAAACCAGGAAACAGAGCAGAGUCU